UCAGUGAGUCACGCUGAACACAGAAUUGACAACAUGAGGAUGAAGGUCUUUAUUAAUCCAAGAGCCGUCUGUAGGAGGAGAGGGACUGGUAUAAAAGGUUGUUUAGUGCACUGUAGGCUCUCACUCAGCAUCAGCAGGUGAAGACCAAAGGAUACUAUAGUUACCAUGGUUACUCAAACAGAGUCUUGUAUAGCAUCCCUUCUGCUGGUAUCAAUACUUGUUCACAUCGGAGAUGUUCAUACCAACAGCUUCAUGGCAUCUGAAGGCUGUGAGGAGUGUAAACUGGCGAAGCACGACAUUUUUGCCGGGCUCUAUCAGUGUAAGGGAUGCUGCUACUCAGGGGCGUAUCCCACUGAUUUGGAUUUCAACAAACCGCCAGUGCAAAGAAAAAUCAACUCUGAGGCAUCAUGCUGUGUGGCCCGGGAAUUUGAUUCGGUGACACCUUAUAUUCGUGCUGAUAAAGGGCAGCUGCAGAACCACACAAGCUGCCACUGCAGUACAUGCGAAUAUCACAAGACAACAACAAGCAAAUAGAUGUGUCAAAUGCUCAAUGCCCUUACCAAUGUAAUCAU